AUGAAGACGGGCCUCUUGCCCGAGAACAAGAGUCGCGGCUCGUCGAGUGACGACGAUGCGAUGGGCGACGAGCAGGCGAUGGAGUACGAUGGUCGGCAGCCAGCAGCGUCAGAGGCCGAGCCGUCCGCUGCGGCGGAGCAGAGGUGCGGCUGCUCGGAUGCAAAGACGAUUGAGGUGAUCGCAGUGGGCCAGAACGUGCUGGCGGUGAUCCUCGCGCGCGCCUGGGCAGACCUCCUAUUCGAGGUGGCCAUGCCAAUCGCGUCGGGCAUUCCCCUGCACGCCACGACGACAUGCGCGUUUGACCUGCGCUGCCUGGCGGUGAUACUCACACUGGGCGCGCUCGCCAACCAGGUCUGCGUUGGGCACUGCUUUGUGAAGGGACCAAUCGUCUCCCUGAUGCCUGCCGUGGUCGGGAUGACAACCUCCGGCACUGUCACGCCCUCAGCGCUCAAGUGCCGUGACGACGAAUCCAACGGCGAUCUGCUCUUUGCAUUGUACUACCUCGCCUUUGCGCUGCUGCUCUUUGCGACACUCAACGAGCUGAAGCGGAGGCUGACCGAGCCUGGCGACAAAAACCUCGCGCGGAGGUACGCCGUCGGCAUCACCACCCUCGCGUCCAAUUUUCUCGCCCUGUCGUCCGCCGCCAUCCUCAACGCCACUAGCAAAAGCGAGCUCGCCUUCAACGCGCCCGAGUACCUCGCCGCCUACACUGCAGGCCUUGUCACCGAGGUGCGGCUGCCAGACCCGGCGCUUUGCCAGGCCAUGUGGGCUAUGGCCGCGUUCCUCUGGCUCCCGCGCGUGCUAGCGAGCCUCUCGCCGCUCCUCUCGCAACGGCCCGUCUUCUUCGACUUUGCGAUCAAGCUUUUCGCCUUCUACGUUGCCUUCCAGAUCCUCAACGCCAUCCUCACCACGAUCGCAGUGUCGCAGCAGACGUCCGUUGUCGUCUCGAGCGGCGACGCCCCCAUCUUGGAGAAGGCUGCCCUGGCCGUCUCAAUGGCGCUGCUGGCUGUGAUGAGGGCGCUGCUGCCCUCGUCGGGACAGAAGGUCGGCCUGGGGGCGAUCGCCGCGCCGGGGCCGGGGGCCUUUGUUGAGCACACGAUCGGCAUGUCGCUCGGCUGGAGCUGGCAUCCGUUCAUCAAGGCGCUCUUCCUCGGAAGUUGCGCGCUACUAGCGGAUGCAGAGGCCAGAGCCCACGCCGAGGAGGCUGAGGAGGAGGAGGUGGAGGCAGGUGCCGUGCUGCUCUACACGCUUGCCGCGACCGUGUGCGCAGGCCGGCUCUACUUUUGGCUCUGGCACCUCGCCGCAGCGCGGAGAACGCGCGAGGCGGAGGGCGCGGCCGACGCGGGCUUCACGGCCGACUCUGCCGACGCUGGCGACGGUGGCGACGAUGGAGGCGGUGGCGAAUGA